AUGUAUAAUGAAACCUCGCCAUCUACUGCUGAAGCCCGGCGGCUCAAGAAGCGGGAACUAGAUCGCAAAGCCCAGAGGUUAGCUCGUGAGAGAACAAAAAGUAGAAUUGCGCAGCUGGAGAGUAUGGUGGACAACCUACGACACAGCGACUCCAAUGCUCAAGUGUCAACGCUGAUUGACGAGUUGGAGAAAGUGACAAAGGAGAGGGACAAUUUGUUACAAGUGCUCGACUCUCUAGGCUCAACCAUCCGUCGUCAUCUUGGUGACACAAACACUAGCGACGCAUCAACAGACGUCAAAUCUGAAGCCUCGUUGCACACCACACCGAGAGCCGAUGGACCAGGAGACCUGAGUAGCUCCACAGCCCCAAUUGAUGCUGCUUCAGAGACGAGUGGCUCUUCAAUAAUGGAGCUCCCUUUGGGUGCGCCCCCAAAUAAUCCCUUUGCCUACAACAGCUGGACGUAUCCCGUCAACGACGGUACAUACCCGACCUCCAUGCCCUUCCACAACUCCAUCCUUCCAUCAUCUGGCCACGGCUUUAUGGACGUUCAACCUCUCCUACCAAGCCUUCCAACUCCCUCCCCCGAAGACGACGAUGUCAUAGUCCCCAAAGCCGCAGGUUUGUGCCACUGCUCGAGUCCCACGAACUGCACGACCGGCUACCGCGGCGUAAAGCCCAACAUUUGGCGGGCAAUCAACGAAGCACUACAGAAACCGACCAAGCUUUCCGCAGAGGAAAUGGCUGUAGAGGAAUACAAUGCCGAGGAUAUACCAAUACGAGCUAUCAUCGAAGGAUGGGACAGUCUGGAGAGGAAGGGGAAGAUGACGCCAACGUGGCGAAAGUUACGGGUGACAGAUGAGAUGUGUUUUACGAAUUGUGGCAAUACUGAGCGUCUUGCUGCCUUGAGAAUAUUCCAUCUUCUCAUCACUUACCACGGUGACCCAACUUUGACUCGCCGGUCUACGUUACCAAGGUGGUAUCUAAAUAGGCCGUCACAAGCUCUACCUCACACCUAUGGUAUCGACUUCUUCGUCUGGCCUGGUAUGCGAGAACGUCUUAUCUUCUCCCAACAUCAGUACUGUACCAACGCAUUCUGGGACUUGCUCCAGGCAAACUUCAAGAUUCUGUGGCCAGCCACCUUCCAGGACACAUUUUUCCAGAAUACACAAACAGGAAAAUACCAUAUAUCACCAAUAUUCGAAGACCGUAUCAGAGACAUCAACGUUUGGACAAUGUCGACAGACUUCUUUACACAUUACCCUGAACUUGUCGAUGACAUCCCAGCCUUAAUGGGAAUCCCCGCGUCGAUGUCAGGAGCAGAAACUACAGUUGUUCCUUCACUUCGACGACAUAGGCGGGAUGAUGAGGAGGACAAGCGGUAUAGAGGGCAGAGAGCGGCUAUCUGCUGA